GGGUGCCGACCUGGCAUGUUCUGUGUCACAUCAGCCAGCAACUCCUGUGCCCGCUGCUCCCGCCACUCCACCUGCCCACCAGGGACGGUUGUCAAGUUCCAGGGUACUACUGAGAGGGACACUGUCUGUGAGGCUCCUUCUCCAAGGACCAGUCCCAGGUGCACCACCAGCUCAGAGGACUGCAGGGCACCAGCCAGCACCAUCCCCCUGACCCCGCCCGCCCUGAUCUCCCCGGCCAGCUCUGAUGCCAGGACCCUGCUUCUUGGAGGGCGCACCUCCCUUGCUCCCAACUUCCCACCCUCUGAGGGGAAACCCAGUCCAGAUUCAGGGCUGUCGCCACGUCUGCUGUGCCCUCCGGGGGCCCCUGACUGCAGGAAGCAGUGUGACCCCGACUACUACCUGGACCGGACGGGCUUCUGCAUGGCCUGUGUGAGCUGUAACAGAGAUGACCUUGUGGAGAAGGUGCCCUGCACACUGACCUCCGCCCGUGUCUGCGGGUGCCGACCUGGCCUGUUCUGCGUCACGUCAGCCAGCAACUCCUGUGCCCGCUGUGUCACCGGCCCCACCUGCCCGCCAGGGACAGUUGCCCAACUCCAGGGUGUGACAGAGCAGGGCGCCAGUGAGCUAUCUACUUCAGGGACCCCCUUUGACUGUAGACCCUACCCAGAAGACCAGACACCCUCCAGCACCAUUCCCUCCCUGACCCCGCUGGCCGACUUCCAGACCAUCGAGGGACAGGAAGUGACCUCCUCUACCGAAAGUCCCUUUCUGUUGCCAGGACAUGUGCUCUCCUGGGUCUUCCUGAUGCUGACAGUGGUCUUGGUGGCCAGCGCCUUCCUCCUGUGCCACCAGCGGGCCUGCAGGAAGUGGAUACGGCAGAAGCUUCACCUGUGCUACCCUGCCCAGACCUUCCGGCCCAGGCUGGAGCCUGUGGAUUCCAAGCGUGGGAAGAAAGGCCCAGAAUUGAAGAGGAGCCUCUCAGUGGCACAGCCGAGCAUGGCUGUGGGGUUCACGAGCCCCCCACUGGUGGAGACCUCCUCUCUCGUGGGGGCGGACUAUCUGGAGAGCCAGCGGCUGCUGGAAGCCAGCCCAUGCGGCACCCCCCCGCCCCCCAGCGACCCCUCUGAGCCCCGGGCGGCCUCGGAGCACACCAACAACAGGAUUGAGAAAAUCUACAUCAUGAAGGCUGACACAGUGAUUGUGGGGACCGUGAAGACCGAGGUGCCUGAGGGCCGGAGCCUGGUGGGGCCGGCGAGCCCUGUGGCGCCCGAGUUUGAGGAUCUAGAAGUGGACCAUGCGCCCCACUAUCCGGAGCAGGAGACAGAGCCGCCACAGGGGAGCUCGAGGGAUGUCAUGUUCUCAGUGGAGGAGGAAGGGAAGGAGGACCCCUUGCCCACCACGGCCUCUGGGAAAUGA